CCCGCCUCCCUCCUCGCCGAGCGCAGCGCCCCGAGCAUGGAUCCUGCUUGAGCAGCUCCGAGGGCUCCGGCGGCUGCUGCGGCGGCACAACAUGGAGGCGGCGGCCCCGCCGCUCCCGCUGCUGCUGCUGCUGCGGCUCCUGGCCGCCUCGGUGCUGCGCUGCGAGCCGGGCCCGGCCGGGGCAUCUCCCCUUCUGCUUUUUGCCAACCGGCGGGAUGUUCGACUUGUGGAUGCUGGAGGCACGAAGCUGGAGUCCACUGUGGUGGUCAGUGGUUUAGAGGAUGCUGCUGCAGUUGACUUCCAGUAUUCACAGGGCAUCGUUUUCUGGACAGAUGUGAGUGAAGAAGCCAUCAAGCAAACUUACAUUAACCAAACCGGGAAUGUGGUACAGAAUGUCAUCAUUUCUGGUCUGGUUUCCCCGGAUGGCCUGGCGUGUGAUUGGAUUGGGAAAAAACUUUACUGGACGGAUUCAGAAACCAAUAGGAUAGAAGUAGCUAAUCUCAAUGGAACAUCUAGGAAAGUCCUCUUCUGGCAAGACCUUGAUCAGCCCAGGGCAAUAGCUUUGGAUCCUGCUCAUGGAUACAUGUAUUGGACUGACUGGGGUGAAACACCCAGGAUAGAACGGGCAGGAAUGGACAGCAGCAUGCGAAAAAUAAUUGUUGAUUCAGAUAUUUAUUGGCCAAAUGGACUCACGAUAGAUCUUGACGAGCAGAAACUUUACUGGGCUGAUGCAAAACUGAGUUUCAUUCAUAGGGCAAAUCUGGAUGGUUCUUUUAGGCAAAAAGUUGUUGAAGGCAGUCUUACUCAUCCCUUUGCUCUGACGUUGUCUGGGGACACUUUGUAUUGGACGGACUGGCAAACGCGCUCCAUUCACGCCUGUAACAAAAGGACGGGAGAGAAAAGAAGAGAAAUAUUGUCUGCCCUGUAUUCUCCGAUGGACAUCCAGGUUCUAAGUCCAGACCGGCAGCCAUACUUUCACACUCCAUGUGAAGAAAACAACGGUGGUUGCUCCCAUCUGUGCCUGCUGUCUCCAAGAGACCCCUUCUACAGCUGUGCCUGUCCCACUGGUGUGCAGCUAGAAGAUGAUGGCAGAACAUGCAAAGCAGGUGCUGAAGAAGUCUUGCUGCUCGCUAGAAGAACUGACUUGAGAAGGAUUUCCCUGGACACGCCAGAUUUCACUGACAUUAUUCUGCAGAUAGACAAUAUCAGACAUGCAAUUGCCAUAGACUAUGAUCCUGUGGAAGGCUACAUCUACUGGACUGAUGAUGAUGUCCGGGCAAUUCGUCGGGCCUACCUUGAUGGUGCUGGAGCACAAACUCUGGUAACCACAGAAAUCAACCAUCCAGAUGGUAUUGCUGUGGAUUGGGUGGCGAGGAACCUGUACUGGACUGAUACUGGAACAGACCGCAUUGAAGUGACCCGGUUGAAUGGGACAUCAAGAAAGAUACUUAUCUCAGAAAACCUGGAUGAACCUCGGGCCAUAGUGCUCAAUCCUGUCAUGGGCUACAUGUAUUGGACAGACUGGGGUGAAAGUCCAAAGAUAGAGUGUGCUUAUUUGGAUGGCUCAGAAAGGCGAGUUCUGGUCAAUACGUCCCUUGGUUGGCCCAAUGGCUUGGCACUGGAUCUUGAAAAAAACAAGCUUUACUGGGGAGAUGCAAAAACAGAUAAAAUUGAGGUCAUAAAUGUUGAUGGAACAAUGAGGAAAACCCUUCUAGAAGAUAAACUUCCACAUAUAUUUGGGUUCACACUGCUGGGAGAUUACAUCUACUGGACUGACUGGCAGAGACGAAGCAUUGAAAGAGUUCACAAGAUAAAGGCCAGCAGAGAUAUCAUUAUUGACCAGCUGCCAGAUUUAAUGGGCCUUAAAGCAACAAGUGUUACCAAAGUGUUUGGAACUAAUUCAUGUGCAGAGAACAAUGGAGGCUGCAGCCAUUUGUGUUUCUUUACGCCCCAGGAGACCAGGUGUGCCUGUCCCAUUGGCCUUGAGCUGUUGAGUGACAUGAAGACUUGCAUCAUUCCUGAAGCCUUCUUAGUUUUCACAAGCAGAGCAGCAAUUCAUAGGAUUUCCCUUGAAACCAAUAAUAAUGAUGUUGCUAUUCCUCUUACUGGAGUCAAGGAAGCAUCUGCUCUGGAUUUUGAUGUCUCUGAUAACAGAAUCUAUUGGACUGAUGUUAGUUUGAAGACCAUAAGCCGAGCUUUCAUGAAUGGGAGCUCUGUUGAACAUGUGAUUGAGUUUGGGCUAGAUUAUCCUGAGGGAAUGGCUGUAGACUGGAUGGGGAAGAACCUCUACUGGGCAGAUACUGGGACCAAUCGUAUUGAAGUAGCCCGCCUGGAUGGACAGUAUAGGCAGGUCCUUGUGUGGAAGGACUUGGACAACCCGAGGUCUCUGGCUCUUGAUCCUACUAAAGGAUACAUGUACUGGACUGAGUGGGGAGGAAAACCAAGGAUUGUUCGAGCGUUUAUGGAUGGAACAAACAGCAUCACUUUGGUGGACAAAGUGGGUCGUGCCAAUGACCUCACUAUUGAUUAUGUGGACCAAAGGCUCUAUUGGACUGACUUGGACACAAGCAUGAUUGAGUCAUCAAAUAUGCUCGGACAAGAACGAGAAAUCAUAGCAGAUGAUCUACCUCAUCCAUUUGGAUUGACCCAAUACAGUGACUACAUCUACUGGACAGACUGGAACCUUCACAGCAUAGAAAGAGCAGACAAGACCAGUGGGAAGAACAGGACACUUAUUCAGGGCCAUCUGGACUUUGUGAUGGAUAUAUUGGUCUUCCAUUCUUCACGUCAGGAUGGCUUGAAUGAUUGUGUGCAAAAUAAUGGCCACUGUGGUCAUUUGUGCCUUGCCAUACCAAAUGGAUUUAGGUGUGGCUGUGCUGCUCAUUAUACCUUGGAUCCCAACAGCAGGAACUGUAGUUCCCCUGCCAGUUUCCUGUUAUUUAGCCAGAAAUCUGCCAUCAGCCGGAUGAUACCAGAUGAUCAGCAAAGUCCAGAUAUCAUCCUACCUAUGCAUGGUCUGAGGAACGUCAAGGCUAUUGAUUAUGAUCCUUUAGAUAAAUUGAUCUAUUGGGUGGAUGGACGUCAGAAUAUUAUAAAAAGAGCCAAAGAUGAUGGCACUCAGCCUUUCACUGUGAUGAGUACUCCAAACCAAAGUCAGAACCCGGAGAAGCAGCCACAUGACCUCAGCAUCGAUAUAUACAGCCAUACCUUGUACUGGACCUGUGAGGCCACAAAUUCAGUCAAUGUCCACAGGCUGAACGGCGAGUCAAUCGGGAUGGUGCUGCGAGGGGACCACGACAGGCCCAGAGCCAUUGUAGUGAAUGCAGAGCGAGGGUACAUGUACUUCACCAACAUGCAGGAGCGAGCCCCCAAGAUUGAGCGUGCAGCCCUUGAUGGCACAGAGAGAGAAGUGCUUUUUACAACUGGGUUGAUCCGACCAGUAGCGCUGGUGGUUGACAACAAACUUGGAAAGCUUUUCUGGGUGGAUGCAGAUCUGAAGCGCAUUGAAAGCUGUGACCUGUCAGGUGCUAACCGUGUGACCCUAGAGGACUCCAACAUCCUUCAGCCCAUGGGACUCACUGUGCUGGGGAAUCACUUGUAUUGGAUUGAUCGUCAGCAACAAAUGAUUGAGAGAGUGGAGAAAGUGAAUGGGUACAAAAGGACUAGAAUUCAAGGCCGGAUUGCUCACCUAACAGGCAUUCAUGCUGUGGAAGAGCUUGAUAUGGAAGAAUUCUCUGUGCAUCCAUGCUCCCGUGACAAUGGUGGAUGUUCACACAUCUGCAUUGCCAAAGGAGAUGGAACUCCAAGAUGUUCAUGCCCCGAGCACCUUGUGCUUCUACAGAAUCUCUUAACAUGUGGAGAACCUCCAACUUGCUCCCCAGACCAGUUUACCUGUGCAACUGGAGAGAUUGACUGUAUCCCAAUGGCAUGGCGGUGUGAUGGAUUUCCUGAGUGUGAUGACCAGAGUGAUGAAGACAGUUGCCCCAUAUGCUCUGCAUCCCAGUUCCAGUGUGAGAAGGGACAGUGUAUUGAUGCACACUUGCGAUGUAAUGGAGAAAUUGACUGUCAAGAUAAAUCUGAUGAAGCAGAUUGUGAUACAAUUUGUCUACCCAAUCAGUUCCGAUGCGCAAGUGGCCAGUGCAUCCUCCUGAAGCAACAGUGUGACUCCUUUCCAGAUUGUAUUGAUGGUUCUGAUGAGCUUAUGUGUGAAAAAUCAAAGCCAGCCUCAGAUGAGUCACAGCCACACAGUAGUGCCAUCGGUCCUGUCAUUGGUAUAAUACUGUCACUUUUUGUCAUGGGAGGAAUGUACUUUGUUUGCCAGCGAGUGGUGUGUCAGCGCUAUGCUGGGCCCAACAGUCCUUUUCCACAUGAGUAUGUCAGUGGCACCCCUCAUGUCCCUCUUAAUUUUAUUGCUCCGGGAAGUUCUCAGCACGGCACUUUUACUGGCAUCUCUUGUGGAAAGUCCAUGAUUAGCUCCAUGAGUCUCAUGGGAGGAAGCAGUGGUGCCCCACUGUAUGACAGAAACCAUGUUACUGGAGCCUCUUCAAGUAGCUCAUCCAGCACUAAAGCCACUUUCUACCCACAGAUCUUGAACCCACCUCCUUCCCCAGCUACUGAUCGCUCCCUGUAUAAUGCAGAGAUGUUUUAUUCCUCAAACAUUCCUUCAAACACAAGAUCAUACAGGCCGUACCUUAUACGAGGGAUAGCUCCACCCACAACCCCGUGCAGCACUGAUGUUUGUGACAGUGACUAUACUACCAGUCGAUGGAAGGCCAACAAAUACUAUAUAGAUUUAAAUUCAGACUCAGAUCCUUAUCCCCCUCCGCCCACACCUCGCAGUCAGUACAUGUCGGCAGAAGAAAGUUGCCCUCCGUCUCCUGCCACGGAACGAAGCUAUUUUCACCUCUAUCCCCCUCCACCCUCUCCUUGUACAGACUCUUCAUGACCUCAACAGAAGGAACUUUUCCUGUAAAUAUUUUAAAAUAUGAACAGAUUUAAAAUAUAUAUUUUAUGAUUUAAAAAUAAAUCUGGGUGGGAAUUAAACAAAACUAAAUGUGAAUAAAAAUGGGUGGGAGGGAUGGGGCUGUGAAAAAUUGUACAGAGGAAGAAUAUUUAUAAAAUUGAUUUUUUUAACUUAAUUUCCAUUCUUUUGUGCCAUAUUUGCCUUUUUGAAGUCAUGUAACUGACUCGGUCUCCAAAGGAUUUGGGGAGGGAAUGUUGAGACUUUCUGCAUUUUUAAGUCACCUUUUUACAUGCAAAGUUUAUGUAGUCCUUUUUAUUAAUGUGAAACAAGAAAACAAAGUGGCUUGUGAGAGGAGGAGGUGUCUAAAGAAAGAUGCAUGUUUAUCUGUAGAGAAGUAAUACACAUUUAAGUACAAUUAAUGUCAAUAUCAUCCCUUCACCACCACUGGGAGAAAACAUGCAUGAUCACAGCCCUUAGAUGCUCCUGUUUGCGAGUGAGCUGAAUGCUUGCCAGCAGAACUUGUGUGCCAAGACCUGAAUUUUAAACCUCCUUCUGCAUUUGCUUAAGCAUUGAACUGAAAGAACUCUUCUUUUGGCCAAAACCUUCCAGCUUAACUAAACCCACAGGCAUCAUGUCCUACCUCAUGUCAGUACCACUCUGCACAUGACCAAUUCUGUAACUGAUUUAAGUUAAAUAAGAUAACCAGUCCUAAAAACCUUUGUUUAGUUCUGAUCAGUUCUCCACUUGUCUGGGUGAAUGGUAGCAGAAGCAGUUGUAUUGAUCUGUGGGUGAGAGCAAAGGUCAAGUUUAAGGUGGUAUUUAAGGGAAGAGAAACGCCCAAUAAACUGCAGAUUUGGUCAGACUCACCAUUUUAAAUGUAAUCAAACCAAGCUCCUUCAUCCUUCCUUGUGAAACUCUGAUGACUGUCUGGGAAGAGGCUGAAAUAGUCAGCUGGUUCUCAAAAGACAGUGCUAGUUCUCUUUUUCCCAGAAGUCCAGUAAUCACUCUGCCAGGUCUCUGAGAUAUUCACCGGUGUUGAUUUGAUCAGAGAAUUGCUUCAUCUCUUAAUGUCCAUUUUCCAAGUGGAAUUAUCACUUGUACUCACAUGAGGAAAGUUGUUUGAGUUUUAAUCAGUGUUUGUAGAAAAUGGUAUCUGCAUAGCUCAAAUUAAAAAUGCAUUCGAACAGUUUAGUCAUAUUCCACAGAAAUUUGCCACGUAAUUCAGAUUUAGAAAUAGACAAAAAAAAAGAACAGAGGGAGAAAAGACAAAUACUCGUUUACCCUUUGUGUUGAAAUACAAAAGAUGAACUCUAAUACAAACUGUUGUAACCUAAGGACAUCAAGAUCAGCAAAGUGCUUGUGUUCCCAACUCCUAGCAAAAAAAAUCACUUUGGGAAUGGGGGAGCUAGGAUCAGUCCCUUUCAAAUUCAGAAGAUAAAUUGUUGCUUUGAUUGCUCUUUUGCUGUAGCAAAAGGGAUUGGUUUUUGUUAUGGCACUUUAUAAAUUCAGCACUGGUAAUGAUAAUGUGAGUGCGUCCUUGGGACAUCUGAGGGAAGUUCUGAAUAUGCAAACUUGCACCUGUUUCUGCAGCUGCUGAAUAACAGAUGCGUUGGGCCUCUGACAGCUUUAAUAUUGACGGCAAAAAUGAAAAGUUUUCUUGUUUGAACUUAAAUUGUAACUUGGUUUUGGGUCUUUUUAGCAAGUUACUUGAGAGCACAUCAGAGAAACCCUACAACUCUGGGAGAGAGGUCUUUGUUGUGGUGGUGGAAGGGCUGGGACCACAGUGUUCUGAUCUAGUUUGUGUUUAUUACUCCAGAUCUGUUCUUCCUGUCUGUAUAGUACAAGGAUAGGAUUUGUGCUGUCACUGACUGCUGUCAGUGAAGCUCUUAAAGUAGGUUUUACUAUCUUAUCACUAAAUUUUUCCUUGAGAAAUUAAGCACAAAGAAGAUGUCCAUGGUUUUUCAUAGAGAAAAGUACAGAAAGGGAGAAUACAGCACUGGAGUUUAAGAAUGGAUUCUUUCCUCAUCCCCUAUGAAGAUUAGUAAUUUUGUAGUAUGCCAUGAUGGACAAGAUCAUAGUUUGUUCUUGGAGUGACUUGGUACAUCUCUGAACUAGUGGUUUGGUGAAAAAAAGCAAUUCUCACAUGAUCAUGUUUCAAUUAACUAAAUUAGGAAUAUAGAUGCACAGAAUAUUUUAUGAACCACAACAGUCAUAUAAGAAGGUAUUUGUUCUGCAUUACAGCAGUUGGUAGUCCAAUAUCAUCUCAUAUGUAAUUUUCUGCAUGAUAACUAUUCACUGUUUAUAAUGAAUUCAUUAGUUGUUUUGUGUUACAAUUCUAGCUUAGAGAAAUACCACAUUAAUUUUCCUGUAUUCCUGUGAUGACACUGGAUGCAAAAUUACUUCAAUUUUUUUUUUCAUUAAACCACUGAUCUUUUUUAAGAGCCACAAUUAUAACAAGCAUAACCACUUCAUCUGAAGACUUGUAUCCUAUUACAAACCUUGGAAUUGAGUCCAAGGAAAUUAUCAUUCUUGCUGAAAGCUAAACUCUCUUAAAAGUCACAUUCUUUUGGACCUUAAGUGUUCAGAAGGAAGGAAGCAUUUGCUGAAUGGGAUAAAUUAAGUGUACAUUUUUAUUUCAGUUGAACAUUCAUAGCCUCUUGCUGCUGAUGUUUGCUGAGAAAUUCCCUCCUCCGAGGCACCUGAAGUUUGGUGAACAGAAUCUAAGCCCCAUAUUGCUCCAUAAUACUGACAUUAAAAGCCUCUUCCAAAAAAGAUUGUAUACAAAUUUAGCAUCUUAACAUUUAAAUACUAAAUACUAGAUUUGAUUGCUGUAGACUGCUGCUGCACUGUAGAGUGCAGUAGAUUACUGCAGUCCUUAUGUUAGAAAAGACGAGAAAGAAAAUUUGAGUGACAGGAGUGACUUCUCUCCAGAAAUAACUCCACUGUGUACUUAAUGGUUUCUAUCCUGUGAGCUUUCAGACUAAAACAUAGAAAAUAGGUGCUAUUUUCUAGAUCAGGAUGAGAGAAAGAGUUGCAGGGAAUUAGUGAAUACUUAUGACAAGUUGUAGCAGUUCAGGGAUGAAUGGGAAAUAUGGGAGGGGAAAGUUGUAUUUUUGUAAGGUUUAAGCAUAGUUUUAUUAAUGCAAAAGUUUUCUGUGAGAAAGUGGACUGAAAUAUUCUGAGAGUUCUACCCUAAGAACCUGCAGGAGGUGCAUGUAAUUUGACUACCUGUGUGAGCUUGUGAGUACUUGAAUCAGUGUUUUCAACCACUAUUUUCCAAGCCCGUUAUGACUGCAUAUUAGCACUUGGAACAACUCACAGUGUGGUACAGAAUGGUGUCUGCAGAGCAGCUAGUAAUGGACAAAUGAUAUGAUUGACUCUGUUUACAUUUAAAGGAGAGAUGUCCUAGCAGAGAGCAUCUUACCUGCCUUCCAGUGCGGUCAGGAAAGCAGCCACUUGGUCAUCUUCUCUUUUGUGGAAUUUGUCCUGUCUGCAGGGCAGGUGUAGCAGCAGUGUGGAGCUAUAGGUAAAUGGACAAGUAAUCAUCUUUGACAGUGAAGUAUUCUUUAAUUCCAAGGAAAGUUUUCUGUAAAUUGUCACAGAAUUAUGGCUUGACUUUAGUUCAACUGGACUGGUCAACAGCUGCUGCACCUUUAAAUUUGCAGUGGAGGUAAUGAGUUUGUUCAUUAUUGCUGGAUGAGUUUGAGGAAAUGUCACGAGCACUAUCCCAGCUGUUUUACUUAGACUUCUCCUGUCUGGACAGAUCGCUAAAGAGCAUUUAGUCUAAGAUUAAGCUAAAUCUGUAUGUAUGACAAAUAAUGUCUUCUUCAGGAUAGCGUCAGUACAAAAUGCUCCAUGUCUAAAAAUGAGAUUGUGUCAUUAUCAGCAUAUUUUAAAGAGGAAGGCAAAAAAGAGUAGAAAAAAUUAUUUUGAAAUAAAGGCUUUGAUUUUCAGUAAUAAACCUUCAUUUCUGUGGUUUGCAAAGGGUGCAAGCACUUCCCUAAAAAUUCUAAUUCUUUUCAAAGUAACAAAAAAAUGGUCUCUUCUUUCGAUACUUGUUCUAUACACUUAGGAUGGGCUUUCUGGAAAUCUCCAGGCCCAUUUACCCUAGAUCUGUUCUCCAUCUGGUGUCUAGAAGGUCAUAUGCAAGAUCUAGGACUCACCAUAUUCUCCCCAUUUUAUGCCAACUGGUGCCUCUUGGAUUCUGGGUCUUUUGACAUUCUGAAGCUCUGUACACAGCAGUGAAAAAAGAUUUGGAAGCAGGAGUACUCAAGUGAGGGCUGGUCACGCUGGACUGAUGUCAUUCCUCCAUUGUCUGCAGGGUCAGAUCCCUCUGCUAGGGAGAGCUCUUGUGCUGCUCUUCAUCGGAGCCUCUAAAGCAUAUUGUACUACUUUACAAGUGUGCAGAGUUAAACUUCACAAAUGUUGUGUGUCCUUUUUGCUUCGAGCAUUUUUGGAAGCAGAUUUUUUAUGUCAGUCAUUUUGUUGGGGUUUAUGUUAAGUCAGUCCAAAUGAGUAGCUGUGCUUACAAUUGUACCACAAGUGAUAUCCAUUAAUGUCAGGAAAUGAAAACAGAAGGCAAGCAUGUUCCCAAUAAUUAAUAACACACAAGAUUGCCUGGCACGGAGCCCUGAAUUGGAAGUAACAUAUUUGCUCUUAACAGUGCUGAAGGGCAUUUUGUAAACAUCCAUGCCUGGACAGAGCCUUAGACAAGCCACUGUCAAAGAUGAUAACUGUUUACAGAUCAGUCAUUUGGUUGUUUCUAUGUUUGUUAUGACUCCAUUAUGAAUUAUGAGUACAGUCUUCACUGUAAAUUUGGCUCAUUGGUAGAAGAUUCACUGAAGGCUGAAUCCUAAACUCUGAGAGGUGUCUGCUGUUUCUGCUGCUGUUCCCUUAGGUACUGCAAUACUUUCUUAUCAUCAUUAUAUGUAAAACUCCCCUUCUUCAGCUGUUGUAACUUUAGCUAAACAGCUUAGGAGAUUUACUACAUGUUAAAAGAAAUACUAAUAUACAUAGAUAUUUUCAAUCCUGUCAGGUCUUCUACCUCUCCUCCUGAGAACACUCCAGUUUUUGUAAAGGGUAUCUUCCUUUUAGUUGUUUAUUUUGAGGUUGGCCAACUGUGCUGUGGGCCUUUUCACAGUGGAUCAUACCCCUGUAGGGAAAAAACUG